UCUCCUUCCCCUCCAGCCAACAUGAUGCCGCUUGCUGUUCCUCCUCGCCCCUCCAUGAUGCCGCUUGCUGUUCCUCCUCGCCCCUCCAUGAUGCCGCUUGCUGUUCCUCCUCGCCCCUCCAUGAUGCCGCUUGCUGUUCCUCCUCGCCCCUUCGCUGCUUGCGCCCAGUGCCCCAACAUGAUGCCGCUUGCUGUUCCUCCUCGCCCCUCCAUGAUGCCGCUUGCUGUUCCUCCUCGCCCCUCCAUGAUGCCGCUUGCUGUUCCUCCUCGCCCC